GGCAUUUAAAAACUUCAAUGAGUUCGUAAUUCGUUACAGGACCUCCUGUCGGUGAUUUCGUCGGAAUCGAAUAAUACAGGGAAGAAUUUCUGUCGGGCCCGAAUAUCAAAGAUUAAAUUUUUGGGUGUAAGACCGGGUAACCAUUCGGUAGGGUUUACCCUGCCAAGCCAACCUAACUGCCCCACAAUAGGCAGGGAAAAAAAAGUUGAAGCUCUGAAAAUUGCCCCGCCAUCGGUCAAUUUCGUCAAAGCCAGCCACCUACCUCGCAGCCAACCCCCAAUUACUACCCGCUAGUCAGCGCUGCCCAGCAUGGCCGACAAAGAUUCUUACAUCCAUCUCGCUCGACCGCUUCCUGUCGUUAGCGUUCCGCCGGCCCAGGCCACUACCUCGCCUUUAAGUGUUGUUAUUAGCGCCCAGGCCCUUUUCUCCAUUUUAGACCACUCAUUAAGAAGGAACACUGACCAGGAGAGAGUUAUUGGAACACUUUUGGGUGUGAGAAGUGAGGAUGGAGCUGAGGUGGAGAUCAGAAAUUGUUUUGCGGUUGGGCACAACGAGAGCCAGGAACAGGUGGGUCAUUAGAGGUUGCUAUUUUACGGAAAUUACAUUGGUUGAUAUUGUGGUGAAGGUUGAAGUAGAUAUGGACUACCACAAGACCAUGUUAGGGCUCCAUCUGAAGGCGAAUCCCAAGGAGGUUCUCAUUGGAUGGUAUGUUUGCACAGGAUGGAUACUGCCGGAAAUCAGGUGCCUUUCAAUAUAGCUAAUUGAUACAAUCAGGUAUGCCACCUCACCAGAGCUCAAUACUUUCAGCGCUCUUAUCCAGAACUUUUAUGCCUCCAAUGGUGAUGGCACCUUCCCCCAUCCUGCCGUUCAUCUUACCAUGUCUACCGUCCCUGGACAGGAUAUCGCCAUUAGGACCUACAUAUCGUCCGCUGUCGGUGUUCACCCGGACCGUCUUGCCGACAGCUGUUUAUUUGUUCCGAUUCCGUACGAAAUUAAGUAUGCCGAUGCUGAGAGGAGCGGAUUGGAGUUGAUCUCAAGUGCCAAAAACAACGAAAACCGAAGUACCGAGGUUACUACUGAUAUUCACGCGCUUGAGAAGGCACUUGAGGAGGUUCUGGAAAUGCUGGAUAGAGUUAGUGAAUAUGUGGCUGGAGUCGUCGUAUGUUUCUCGCCUUCAGGAAAAAAGUGAGAGGAGAUGCUGACGCCCGUCCACACUAGGCUGGAAAUACCCAAGCCUCUGUCGCUAUUGGGAAGUUUUUGAUGAACACGCUCAGUUUGGCACCUAAAGUCUCCCCCGCAGACGUUGAGAGAAUGUUUAAUACCCAUAUUCAGGAUGUCCUACUCGUGGCAUACUUGGCAAAUACUAUCAGAACCCAGAUCGAUCUGUCAAACAGGCUGGCGAGCGCCAACUUCGGAACCACUGCCCCUACUCCAGCUGCAGCUGCUACAAACACUACUGCCGCAAGCGCUACUACUGCAUCUGGGGGAAAAUAGUAAAUAAAUCAAUAUAGAAGUGUGUUUCUUUACCGUGAAAAAAAGGGCACCUUCCUCUUUCUUGUAGGGUUAUACAGUUUCUUGAGUUUACUCCCCUUGUGUUUUCAACCAUCUCUAAAAACGGGGGUUUGGGUGGGGGACACGUAGUGGGUAAUGGGGAACAUUGGGGAAGGACAAUUUUUGUUUGUAUGUAUACACUGGUGCCGGUUUUAGCAUUUCCUUGGUGAUUUAUGGGCUUCAUGUGAAUUUCCGAAUUACUAUUCAACUGAGGCCGAAUGAUGUGGUGUGAUUGAAUCGGGGGCUUUGAGUAGACACGAG